AUGCAGGGCGGUAUAGCAGGAUUCAGCGACCAUCUGAAGCAUCAUGCGGACACAGUCUCGAGAAUAAUCAGGAUUUUUAGAGGGAACAAGAACUCGGCAUUAUCUCAUCUAAGCAAGUGUCUCUACCAUGUCCAUUUUGGAAACAACGAUUACAUCAGCAACUACUUCGAUACCAAGCAUUUCUCCACGAGCCACCGCUACAAUGAGGAGCUGUUUGCUGACCUUCUGAUCCAAACUUACAGAGAGAGGAUCAGGACAUUGCAUGAGUAUGGGGCGAGGAAGAUAAUGUUGACUGGGGUCGCGGCAAUCGGGUGCAUGCCCUAUUUACUGGCAAAGAGUCCUCAGACCAGUUCGCGGUGCGUAGAGUACUUCCAUUCUGCCGUUCGAAUAUUCAAUGCCAAGCUUAAGGCCCUUGUAGAUGACCUGAACCGAGACUACUCUGAUUCUAAGUUCAUUUACAUUGAAUUCUUCGAAAGCUUGCAGGAAAUCUUGGACAGUCCAUCAUACGGUUUUAAUAUUAAGAAAUCGGCCUGUUGCGGCAGAGGGAGAUACAAUGGCCGGAUUCCAUGUUUACCUAACCUGAUCCCAUGCAGGGACAGGGACCAGUACGUGUUCUGGGAUCCGUACCACUCGACUGAAGCUGCAUCCCUAAUUCAAGUCAAGAAGCUUUUCAACAAUGAUUCACGGUCGUCCUUCACUUACCCGAUGACUAUCCUCGAACUUGCAAAGCUAUGA